AUGCUAUCGAACUUAAUUUGUUAUGGAACUACCUACCUGAUAGUCAGAAGUAGGUCUGUAUAUAUCACUCUAUCUGUUAACAUCGCUUUUCUUUUGUUCUUUUCACUCCGUCUACUCGUACCCCAGUCCGCUUCUCUCUUCCUUUCCAUCCCUCAGUCUGUCGGCGUCCUCCAUACCUUCUUUUCUCUCUCUCUCUCUCUCUCUCUCUCUCUCUCUCUCUCUCUCUCUCUCUCUCUCUCUCUCAUUUCGCUCCUUCCUCUUGGUGUCCUGGUGAUCAUUUCUCACUCUCUCUCAUUUCCAAACCAUCAUUUCUCCCUCUGUCUUAGUAUGCCAAAAAUCCUUUCUCACUCUCAAUAUUCUAACAAUCUUUUCUCUCUCUCUCAGUAUCCGAAUGAUCUUUUCUUCAUCACUCUCUCUCUCUCUCAGACUCCUAGUAAUCCUUUCUCCCUCUUUCUCUUUGAAUUCCUUAACGAUCCUCUCUCUCUAACUUUUUGUGUCUUAACAAUCCUUUCUAUAUCUUUGUCUGUCUCUCUCUCGAUGUCCGAACGACCCUUUCUCUCUUUUUGCUCUAACGAUCCAUUCUUUAAUUCUCUCUCUCUCUCUCUCUCUCUCAUAACAAUCUUUUCUCUCCCCCUUUCUCACUCUUUUCACCCUCAUAGACCUUUGACUAACGAUCCUUUCUCUAUUUCCCUCUCUCAUAAUGAUCCUUCGUCUUUCUCUCUCUCUCUCUCUCUUUCUGUACGAUCUUUUCUCUCCUCCUUUCUCUUUCCACCCUCCUAG